CCCCAUCGUCUCUCUCGCCAGCCAGCCAAUCGUCUCCGUACAUCCACAUGGGCGCGGCGGGCGACGCACCGGCGGAGCACCCGCCGUCCCCGCCCCCGGCGACGGCGAAGAGGACGCUGGUGUUCACGUACGGCACGCUGAAGCGGGGCUUCUCCAACCACGCCCUGCUGCAGGACCUCUUCCUCACCGGCGACGCGUCCUUCGCGGGCGCCGCCGCGACCGCCGCCCCGCUCCCGCUCGUGUGCGGGCCCUACCGCGUCCCGUUCCUCCUCAACCUGCCGGGCUCCGCCGGCUGCCACCGGGUGAAGGGCGAGCUCUACUCCGUGACGGCCCGCGGGCUGGCGCGGCUGGACGAGCUGGAGGGCGUCUCCCGCGGCCACUACGAGCGCCUCCCCGUCGAGGUCGUGGUGGCGGACGAGGGGGCGGCGGCGGAGGGCGCGGUGGCGUACUACGCGCACCGCGGGUACGCGGCCGAGAUGUGGGCGCGGAGCGGGCGGCGGGGCCACGCCGAGUACUCGCCGGCGGUGGCGGCGGGCUACGUUCGCCGCGUCGACCGGCCCCAGGGCCAGACCUUCCUCGAGCAGAUCCGCGUCUUCGUCUCCUCCCAGUCCUAGAUCGAUCGAUUCAUUACAAGGGAGAUGGAGUACUGUCUCUGAUUUCCGACAGCCGCGUGCGUCCGGAUGCGUGCCGACGAGGGCCGUACGCGUACGGUUGUCCUUGCUCUGUUUCAGAUUGGGAUGUCGUCGUCUGCUCGUCUGGCAGUAUCUGUCUGCUUCUGUGAUGACCGCCGUGGCAGAGAGAUCGAUCGGUGGAUACGCUUAUCACUUCCAUUCCAAUUAUUGUCAUCCAAUUAUUGUUGGCGUGUAGUAUGUUGUAUCGAUUGAUCAAUUAUGUUCCUUGAUGGAUUUGGGAUAUGAUACUUGCUACAUCAUCUUUCCAAUUA